AUGUCCAGUAAAAUUGUGAUCAUUGGCACUGGAUUUGCAGGUGUCUGGAGCGCUCUCUCAGCCAAGCGUCUUAUCAAUCUGACCAGCAAAGAUGCCGACAUUGAGGUUCUUGUCAUCUCUCCUGAGCCGUCCUUGGUCAUUCGUCCUCGACUCUACGAAGCCAACGCUUCGACGAUGGUCCAUUCUCUCGCGCCAUUGUUCGAAAAUACAGGGAUCAAGUUCAUUCAAGGCGCUGUGAAUACCAUCACUGCCGAGACACGUACUGUCACCGUCCAAUCAGCCUCUGGUCUCGAAUCAAGCAUUAGCUACGACCGCCUCAUCCUAGCAGCAGGCAGCUCUGUCGUACGACCUCGGAGCAUAAUUGGAAUCGAGCAGCACGCCUUCGAUAUCGAUUCUCUGCAGUCAGCCACCAAGCUUGAAGAUCAUUUACAGAACCUUAUUUCACUUCCAGCAACACCUGCACGCGAUACUGUCGUCGUGUGCGGCGCCGGAUUCACGGGCAUUGAGCUCGCAACCGAGCUGCCCAAGCGUCUUGCCCGAAUCCCUGAUUACCGGGUUGUACUGGUUGAGAAUGCCGAGCAGGUCGGUCCUGAGCUUGGGCCUGGACCUCGCCCUGUCAUCACGCAAGCCUUGAAGGAUCUCGGGAUUGAAAUCAAGCUCGGAUCUGCUGUUGCGGCGGUUGAUGCUGACGGUGUAACUCUCGCGUCGGGUGAGCAAAUUGAUAGCAAGACUGCAAUAUGGACUGCUGGUGUGAGGGCCACGCCUCUCACACAACAGAUCGACGGGCCGAGGGAUGGUCUCUGCCGCUUGAAGGUGGAUCAGCAUCUUCGCGUUCCUUCGGCUGGGGAGGUAUUUGCCACUGGUGAUGCUGCCGCUGCUCUAGCCGAUACCAAGGGUCACUAUGCACUGAUGUCCUGUCAGCACGCUCUUCAGCUUGGACGCGUCUCGGGUCAUAACGCCGCAGCAGACCUUCUCGGUGAGCCGUUGAUAGAGUAUGCCCAAGCCGCAUACAACUGCUGCUUGGAUCUCGGGUCGUAUGGCGCCGUGAUCUCUGGAGGUUGGGAGAGAAAUAUCAAGCUGACAGGGGAUUCGGCAAAGCGCGUCAAAUGCUUUAUCAACCAGAAGUUGAUUUAUCCUCCUGGUGAUACCCAGGAGGCACUGGCGGCGGCCAACCCGAUUGGGCCAGACUCGGAUCAACUGUUCGAGCAGAUGCUGCAGGUGGUAGGAUAG